UCCUCACUGGGCAAAGAAAAAAGCUUCGUCUUCUUUUCAAUGGCGAAACUCCCCCUGCUCUGUUUGUUUUUCGCUCUCUCCCUUUCAUUUGCCGCAGCUGAAGUAGAGAAUGUUUUGUCUUUAAAUGCAGACCCUCCUCUGGUAAAUGGGCUUUCAUGGACGUUUUAUAAGAGCACCUGCCCCAAACUGGAAUCCAUUGUCAAGAAAAGAAUCAAGUUUUAUUUAGAGGAAGAUAUUACCCAGGCCGCAGGGUUGCUUCGUCUUCACUUUCAUGACUGUUUUGUUCAGGGUUGCGAUGCUUCGGUUUUGUUGGAUGGAUCAGCCAGCGGACCUAGUGAACAAGAAGCCCCUCCAAAUUUAACGUUGCGGCAAAAAGCAUUUGAAAUAAUAAACGACAUUAAAGAGCGUCUGGACGAAGCCUGUGGUGUCAUCGUGUCCUGCGCAGAUAUUACUGCUCUGGCGGCUCGCGAUUCUGUUUCAAAGGCUGGAGGGCCGAAGUACAAAGUGCCACUAGGACGAAGGGAUAGCCUAAAGUUUGCGACCACAAAUGAAACAAAUGCAAACCUUCCAGCUCCAACAUCUAAUGUCUCAAUCCUCAUUCAAGCUUUUGCUAACAAAAGUCUUGAUGUCACCGAUCUUGUGGCUCUUUCAGGUGGCCACACCAUAGGAAUCGGACAUUGCACAUCAUUUGAGGAUCGGUUAUACCCUAUACAAGACAACACCCUCAAUCAAUACUUUGCCAAAAACUUGUAUGUCACUUGUCCAAGCAAAAAUUACACCAACACCACCAAUUUAGACAUUCGAACGCCCAACGUGUUCGACAACAAGUAUUAUGUGGACCUCAUGAAUCGACAGGGCCUCUUCACGUCUGAUCAGGAUCUUUACAUAGACUCUCGCACCAAACAGAUUGUUAUUGACUUUGCCUUGAAUCAAACUCUCUUCUUUCAAAAAUUUGCUUUGUCCAUGGCAAAAAUGAGUCAGUUGGGUGUAAUGACAGGUAGUAAUGGGGAGAUCAGAAGCAAUUGUUCAUCUCUCAAUCCAACUUCUUCCCUUAUCACUAUGGUGGAAAAUGUUAUUGAUUCUGCGGCUUUCAUUUGAGAUCUAUGUUUAAACAACAUCCAUUUUACAUUUCUCUUUUAAAAGAGAAAACUAUGGUGAUGUUGAAGAUAAGUUGUUCAUGAAGUUUGUGAUAGAGAUGUUGCUUUACUAAUGACAUUAUUAUGAUCUUGAAGAGGAGGUUUA